AAGCCCCACAACAGACCCCUGGACAAAAGUGAGAGGUUAAUAGCUUUUCGUAACCCGCAUGUUUGACUCUAUUUUGUCAGUAUUUAUUCUGAAGAGGAACACAAAUCAAACCUGAGAAAAGGUCUUGUUUUCUGAGGCUGAGGCAUAUUGAGAGUGGGAGUGUGUUUUUUAAGUGUGUGUGCAAGUGUGAAAGGCUACAACAUAUCCUCUGCUAUGGCAUCACUGACAUCUUCCAGCCGCAGAUCCUCCUCAUCCUACCGUUCAUCAUCGCGUUACAGCACCUCCAGCUCCUAUCGGUCGGAGGGCUCACUGGGAGGAUCGUCUGACUCUCUGGAUCCCCUUUUUGAGCCCUUUCUUGACUCCGCUGAUCAUUCCAGUCUGUUUGGAGAAGAGGGCCCCGGGGGACCCAGCUGUUUAGCCCCUUUCAGCAGGCACAGCAGAUCUUCCUAUGGACACACUGCUCCUGCAGGCGGUGCUGUGACAGGCCGACAGAGCAGUACAGGUGGUGGGGUGCGAUGUCUGGGAGACAGCUACUACAUGUCAGCUGAUGUCAGCCAGUUUGAGCCGCAUGACGUAGUCGUGAUGGCCUACAACCACCAUGUCGUCAUUCACGCCCAGAAGGUACUUGAUGAUGGAAGCAUCAGUGACACAUUUACCCAUAAGUCCUUGUUCCCGGAGGAUAUGGACCCCCUGUCAGUCAGUGGGACCCUUAACCCCGAUGGUACCCUGGUGGUGAGUGUCCGCCGGACCACAGCGCUGGCUGGACUGGAGCCACUGGGUGUCCCCACCUACCGCAGUGAAGCUCACCUUUGACCUCUGGCUGCAUAGUGCUUCUCAUGGUAUCUCAGCCACCAUUGUUUUACUGUUAUCAUUUUAUUAUAGUGUUGUUAGUAAGGUCCAGCCAGUAACUGUCAUGGUGGACAGAUAGGUUUAAGUUCAAUUACUGACAUUAAAGCCAAUAAGUAUAGAACGUUUAUGUGAUUAUAGUUUCAAAUGGUUUGCAAGGUUUUUUAUUAAAUUAGACAACCGCAGUGAAACUGGUGCACUCUAUAUGAUGCUUUCAAACCACUUUUUCAAUGUGCUUGGAUCAGAUACAUGGGGGUGAUGUAUUUUUUGAUAUUACCACUGGGGGGUGCCAAAGUCAGAUAUUUUCAAAUCCUACACCCAUGCUGUGUUUCAAUCCAAUAAACAAAUUUUUUUUUUUUUUACAGAACUUUUAAUAAAUCAGCAAAAUAAAAUGGAAAAGAAUGCUUGUUUCAAUCAACUACCAUUGUGCGAUUAUUAGGAGCUGGCUCUUUGAGAUAAGCAGUAAGUGGCAGCAAUUCGAUGAUGUAAUUAAAGCUAACCUGCCGAACCUCAAAGGGUGAAAAACAAUGCAGAAAACAGGAUGGAAAUAUGACAUUUCUGUUUGUUUUAUGUAUUAAUGUGAGGAAGGUUACAUUAGACCUGUGUAGAGCAUCAUGGGUGUAUUAUAGAGCCAUGGGAGCGAUGAGGAGACCCAUAGUAGACUCAGAAACAGCUGAUCAGUCAUGUGAUUUAAAUGUUUGCUAUGUCAGAACUUCCAUCUCUCAUCUCAUCUUUAAGCACAUUAACUAUUUUUCCAUCAACUUUUCUAAUGUGAUACUUUGAAAUGAGCAUAAAAUACAUUAAUGGAAACAUGGCAACAGUGGCUUCAAUUUUUUGACAUGGCAUACAUUUGAAACCCACUGGAAGUUUGACUCACAAGAAGUAGCCUGAACUCAGUUUAGAGCUUUUUAUCUUAACAAUGCAAUAAAUCUACUUUUUCUAUGUUCAUCUUCUAAAUUUGUGUUAAAAAAUUUAGCAAUUGAGCAAGUUGCCAACUUUAUCUGCAGUGUCAAACUCAAGUGUUAAGUUGUAUGAAUAUUUGGUAUUUUCUUAAAC